AUGGCGGACGAGGAGGAUCUGUGCUUGGGCGACAAGAACCCCGUGGAUAACAUUGGUCUGCGUGUCGGUGCCAUUUUCAUCAUCUGGUUCAGUUCGCUGGCCUUUACGUUGCUGCCGAUCUUGACCAAGCGUAUUCCCAAGCUCACGAUUCCUAGUUACUUGUAUGAUUUCGCAAGAUACUUUGGUAGUGGUGUUAUUAUCGCUACAGGAUUUGUCCAUUUAUUGGAUCCCGCGCUUGAGGAGCUUGGCCAUGCGUGCCUGCGCCAGUCGUUCCAGGACUACCCCAUGGCAUACUGCUUUAUGUUUUUGUCCAUGAUGCUCAUUUUUGUUGGUGAAUGGUUUGCCUACCGUCUUGGAUCGGCGUACAUUGACCGCAAGUUUAAUAAUGGCAACUAUUCGCUCCGCGGCGAUGCUCUGCACCACCACGCCAUGGGCCACGACAAUGCGAACCGCGAAAACCCAAUCAUUGAGUCGAACGCAAUUCGUGCUGACGGUGACGAUCUCUCGAUCCUUGAACCUCAUAAAAAGAUUGACGCAGUCCGCGAAGAAGAGAAUAUCGACAAGUCGACGGCCAUUGCUGGUGCAUCGAGCGAGGUUAUUGGUGUGUUUAUCCUCGAGUUUGGUAUCAUUUUCCACUCGGUCAUUAUUGGUCUCACACUCGCCACGUCCCCGUACAGGGGUGAACCGGGUGAAGACAGCGACGGUACCUUUGUCGUGCUCUUUCCUGUCAUUGUGUUCCACCAAUUGUUUGAGGGUCUCGGUCUUGGCUCGCGUCUUGCGUUUAUGCCUGCCUCGAUCGGCACCUUUAUCCCUUCUUUGCUCGCGCUUGCGUACUCGAUUGUGACGCCCGUUGGUAUGGCGAUUGGUCUUGGUUUGCGCAAGACGUAUACGCAAGACACGCCGACGGGCUAUUAUGUUACAGGUAUCUUUGACGCCUUGUCUGCCGGCAUUUUGAUCUACACUGGUAUGGUAGAAUUGUUGGCGCACGACUUUAUCUUUAGCGACAAGAUGAAGAAGGCGCCCUUGUGGAAGGUUGCACUGAACAUGCUUGAAGUAUGGGUCGGUGUGGCUGUUAUGGCUCUGCUCGGCCGCUGGGCAUAA